GACGCACCAUCUCUCUGCACAUGGGCACGCAGACACACACAUAUUCUCCCUGCCAUGAACACAGACGCAUACACAUGCACGCACACACACAGAGACAGGUGUGCUCUCUACUCACUCUGCAUGAGGACACAUUAACACGCUCUCCAUGCCAUGAACACAGAUGCAUACACUCACGCACACAUGCAGACAGGAGCGCACUGUAGGCACUCACUCUCUGCACAUGGACACAGACACAAAUAUACUCUUCUGCCAUGAACACAGACACAUGUGCAGACAGGCACACACACAUGCAGAGGAGCGCAUGCACACACACAUGCAUGUAUGCAUGGACAUGCACGCAUGCACAAACAGCAUACAUGCACAUGCAGGCAGGCACAUGCAGACAUGCACAUGCACACAGGCACAUGCAUGUAUGAAUGCACACAGACAUGCUCACACAAAUGCACAUGCAUGCACAUGCACACACAUCAACACACAUGCACAUAUGCACAGACAUGCACGCACAUGCACGCAGACACACGCACAUGCAUGCACGCACAGACACAUGUACACUGACAUGCACAUACAGAAUGGAGAGACGCACACCCUCGUGCCCGCGUGCGGGAAUAUGCAUGCACACACGCGCACACACGCAGGCCGGGGUCCUUGUCCGGCGCGGGCGGCCCCCGCCACCCCCCGGGGCAGCCUGGGCAGCGCGGCCGGCGGAGGCCCGGAGCCCCCGGGGUGCCGGGAAGAGCCCGGCAGGUCGCGGGCGGCGCAGGGCCGGGGGCGGCGGGGCGGCUGCGGCCGGGCUCCCCCUCUGCUCCGGCCGCCUCCUGCCCGGCCCCGGCCCCGGCCCCGGCCCCGGCGCUGCCCCGCUCCGAGCCCCGCAGCCGGCGGGCAGCAGAGGGGAGGGAGCCCGGCCCCGCGGGGGGAGCGCACGGGCCGGGCCGGGCCGGGCCGGGCCAAGCGGGGCUGCGACCGCCGCCUCCCGCAGUGCCCGGCCCGGCCCGGCCCGGCCCGGCCGGCUGCAAACGCCCCGGUCCCCCUGUCCCGCGGCUCCAGGACGUGGGGACAGACAGGCACGGACCCCGUGUUGUUAUAUUGGAGUAGACAUAGGUGCCUCUGUAUACAAGAGUCGCUGAGAUUUUCAUGAGAGGUGGGAGCUGCGGGUGACUCUUCUCGGGCUUGGAUGUGAGAUUGCAGCAGUUCCUGCAUCCCCUGGUGUGACAGAGCUGGCAGAUGGAGGCAAGGAUGGAGACAGAGCGUCCUGUGCUCUGGGGGCUCCUCCAGCCCCUCCUCAGCCACAUGAAGGCAUCAACUACAGAAAUGAUCCCUGAAAGUACCUACUCAUAACCAUUGUCACCACAUACUCAAUGUAUGUUUAAUUGGUGCGGGCUCUUUUCCACCCCGCAGAAGGGCUGAGAAAUGAUGGUUCAAGUGCAGCUGGUUUUAUGAACCGAGGGAUUUACUGGUGCAGCCCUGGGUUCUCUUCAACCACCGGUUCCCCAACCCCCGUCGAGCCUAGUUUAAAGCUCUUGGGAGGAGAUCAGCCAAGCUGCGGGCCAACAGAUACUUACCUCUGGGGGAGAGAUGAAGAUCAUCAUCUCCCAGGAAGCCUCCUCCCUGCAAGUGCUGGUCAUGGCUGUAGAAUCCGAAGCUCUCCUGAAGACACCGACUCUGGAGCCGCCGGUUGACUUCUUUGAUGCAGGCACCCUGGCGUCUCUGGCUGCUGCCAACCGGAAGGAUGGAAGAAAAUACAACCUGUGCCCCAGUCUUCUUGAGGCUGUCUCCCAGUUCAUGGAAGUCCUUCAUGAUGCAGUCAGGGCUGGUCCUAGCCGCAUCGCUGGUUCCCACUUAUCCCAGAUCACCUGUUCCCUCUUAUCUGGGGUGACCUGUUUCUGCGCCUGGGCCACCCGUCAGAGUUCCUCCAAACUGGGGUUUGAACUCCUGCCCAGCUAGGCAAUCAGCAGGGAGUUCAAGUGCUUCCCUAAGGGGUGACCCUUCCUCCACUGGGAUGUUCUCUAAUUCCUCCCUGAGAGCCUCGGCUUCCUCUGCCACUGACUGACUGGGCUCCUCCCUGGGGCUGUCACUUAGCUUGACCCCGGGGUCAUUGGUUCCCUCAGCAGCCAGCUGGUUGCUGCAGUCGGGGGGUCUCUUCCUUAUCCCCCUCUUGCCUCCACAGCCACCUAGGUUACUUGGCUCUGGGCGGUUUCUCUAUCUCCCCUCCUCACCUUCUUGCUCUGCCAGCGAGUCACUACAUCAAUGCGGAUGGGAUCUAGGAUGUUUCCCCACGCUGCUCGCUUAUGCUCCAGCUCUGUAAUAUCCCUCCCCACCAGCAUGGGGGCAGGAGCAUUUUCCAUUGCUUCUAUCUCCACUUCCAGUCCCUCCACCAGAUGGGGAGACGUGCUACCUGUACUUUGGAUGGCAUGACAUUAAAAAAAACAGUUAAAAUAAAACAAAAUCAAAAUGUGGCAC